AUGUCUCAUAAACCUACUCAUCUCCUACUCAUACCCCAAGCGACUUGGGGUCACGUCAGAUCAUGUCUUCAAAUAGGUAUAUCCCUCUUACAUCUCGCUCCUAAUUGUUAUCUCACUUUUUUAUGUUAUUCAUCUGCUUCUCCAAGAGUUCACGAAGAGCUUUCAAGACAACAUCAUCUGACUUCGGAAAAGAAAAGAAGGAUACGGACUGUUGAUAUUAUCGGAGAAGUUAGAGAGGAAGAUGAUCCUCUUCGACCGGGGUUGAAAUUACGUGUUGGGUUCGAAGAUGUUUUAAAGGGGUUGAUGAUGAAAGGUGAAAAAGGAGAGGAAUGGGGAUAUCCUAAUUUGAUCAUAUAUGAUGAUUACCAACUUUGGCCAUAUUCUCUUCCCAAAGUAGUCAGAGAAUUGACGGAUCAUCUCAACCAACCAUACAUUCCUUGUUUGUACUUAGCACCCGUUCCUACCUCGCCCAUGAUGAGGAUGACAGCAAGUGCAGAACAUGGAGGUCAUUGGGAUGGUAUCAUGAAAAGAUACGAAGAUGCUCGAGCGGAAGGUUUGUCGAUCAAUGAUGCAGGUAUAAAGGCUUUGAGGAAUGCUCAGGGGAAAUUAAUAACACCUCCUGAUCUUCCACCGAUGUAUGAUUAUGAGUAUUAUCCGCAAAAUGUGUGCAUGCCAUUCCCCAUUUCCCUCCUGUACAAAUGGCCAGCAAUGUUCGCGGCGAGGGAUGAUUCAGAUGGUUAUAUGACUUUUGGGAUUUCAGAAUUAGAAGGUUGGUCAGAAGGACAAUUGAAGAAAUCAUUGAAAAUCCCAUUAUAUCCCGUUGGACCCCAUCUAGAUAUCGAAAUUUGGCAAGCAAAUAAUCCCAAAGUUCGCACUUCUUAUACAUCCGACGAAAGACGAGUGGUGAAAUUCCUUGACGGGAUGCAGAAGGAGUACGGUUCACGUAGUGCAUGUUUCGUUAGCUUUGGAAGUCUCAUGUGGCCUUCCACUCGACCUGAGCUAUUGGAAUGUCUGGUUGAAACACUUAUUGAAGCUGAACCGCCAUUACCAUUCUUGUUCGCCGCAGCUUCAGCACUGGCCUCUUGGCCGGACCAUUUAAUAAAGAAAGUGGAAGAAAGUGGGAGGGGUAUGAUAGUGAAGUGGGCACCUCAAUUGACCGUGUUGCAACAUGAAUCAAUCCAUUUUUUCCUGACUCACUGUGGAUCGGGAUCAACCGUAGAGGCCAUCCAAGCGGAAAUUCCGAUAGUCGCUUGGCCUUUCACAGGCGAUCAAGUACUCUGGGCUGCUCAACUCACGCAAAUGUCUCAUUGCGGAGUUCGACUCCACCAAGUCAACUCGGGUAUGAAAGGUCUUCAACUCGCUUCGGGUGGUAUCGUCACCGAAGAUCCGGAAGAUAUCAAACGUGAAAUGCGAGAGGCAUUUACAGCCGUACGAGGGGAUCAGUGGACCGAAAUGAGGGAUGAAAUACGGAAGCUGGGGACGAUUCUGAAGGAUAGUGUGGAACGAGGAGCGGCGAGGAAGGCCCGAGAACAAAUCGUGGAGAAAUAUCUAUCAAGGACAUUGGUUACCGGAUCAUGA